GGCCAUCUCGUUAUCUAUUGAUAUUAAGAUUUCAAACUGUCGAAUUCUCCUCUAGAUCUCUCACCUUUGAAUUCUGUUUAUAGCUUGCCAAUCACCACUAACACCUACAUUUGUUUGUUUCUACUCUCUAGCUACUAGUUUGUGAUCUGUCUAUAUAGCUGAUGCACAUCCCCCUCCCUUCUCAUUCAACUCUAACCCAGAAAACAUAUUCCCCCCAUUUUCAUCAGCCUGAGACCUGACACACAAAGCUCAGAAGCCACCUUUUCUGAUAUCACCGACCGGUGACAUUGCCAGAAAAUCCAAUAACCUAGAAUGGCUUUGAAACGGGUGGAGAUGGGUUUGGUCAUGGUCUUCAUUGUGACCAUGCUUUGGGUUGAAUUAGCUGUUGCUCAAUUGGCUUGCACGUCUGCGCUUAUUAGCAUGGCACCAUGCACCAAUUUCAUUACGGGAAAUUUCUCGACCCCAACUGUAUCAUGUUGCACCAACUUUGAAAAUGUUGUUAAGACACAGCCAGAAUGCCUGUGCACGGUGAUCAAUGGCACUACCACACCGUUGGGUUUCAACAUUAACCAGACUAGGGCUAUGGAACUACCUACGGCUUGCAAUGUUCAGACUCCACCAGUUAGCCAGUGCAAGGCUGCUAACGGACCUGCAACUUCUCCGGCGGGCUCACCGGCAAGUUCUCCAUCAGAUUUAUCCAACAAAACUGCUGAAACUACAACUCCAACACCGUCAAUAUCAGUCUUCCCAUUAGGAGCUAAUUCCUCGGCGACGGGGUUCUCUGACGGAAACAGUAAUACCAAAUCGCCCCUUCAGCUUGUUAUCUUCCUCCUAUUCAUUGCAUCAUGUGCUUCGAAUUUCCCUAGCUUCUGAAUCUGCUCCAGGUUGUUGCAUUUGCUUCAGUGAGUGUUUGGAUGCUUAAGUUAAUUUUUACCCAGAAAAUAACAAAAGUUUGUGAUUGUAUUGUCGAUAUUUUAUACUCUAAUCUGUUUGUAUUAUGUACUAGAAAUAGAGAAAUUCUUUUUCC